AUGGGCGUCAAUGCCCAGUUUGGCAAGCAGAGGGCGCUGCAGCAGCUGCGCACUCUUCUCAUGCAGCAUGACCUCAGCAAAGACACGUUAGAUGUGCACCACAGAGUCUUGGCAGCGCUUCUGGCGCUGUCCAGACGGCCCCUGCAAUACCAUUACACUGCACCAUCCUUCCUGAGCAGGCCACAUCCUGGCAACUCCCUGCAUGCCGGGGAAGAUGAGGAUGCAGGCAGUGACCUCAGCGAGCUGUCAGCAUGGGAGGACGAGGCGGCAGGCUCCGAUGAGCUGUCUGACUGGAGCGAUGACGGCGCCGACCGCAUUCCUGCUGGACCCCUUGCUCAGCAGACUGAUGCAGCUUGGUCGCCUCCAAAGCCAUCUUGGCAGCGGCUGUCGGACAGCUGGGAAGCUGGCAGGGCAGCCAAGGUGAAGCUGCAGCCGCCGCAGCCCGCGGACAGCCCGGCCUAUGGGGACGGCAGCCUUCUGCGCACGCUGGCUGCCACGCGGGGCAGGGGCGUUCCCUUUAUUGCUCCCUCUGCCCGGCUCUUUUUCACCGAGCAGGAUCUCGUGCUGCACAUGCUGCGGGGGUCGCCCAGUCCGGGGCGUGCCCUCACCCUGAAGCCUGAUCUGGACGAGUAUAGUGUAACGGCUGGGGCCCACGUGGCCCACCUGUCUCCAGGCUGCCUGCAAAACAUGCUCGGCCGCUUCACGCGCAGCGGCACCAUCUCCUACAGGCUGCAAAUGUUUGUGCGCGCGGUGAGAGCCGCGGCGACCACGCCGUCGCAGACGCGCGCGCUGGCGGCUGCGCCUACUUUGGCCGCGUUCGCCGCCGCGCUGGCGGAUGAGCUGGCGGCGGUCCAGUCAGCGCUGAUCGGGGUGCAGGAGGACUUUGCCGCGCUGGUGCGGCAGGGAGGGAACAGCGGCGCAGACGUCGGCCUCAUCGCACUCGAAGCGGCUGCAGCCAUGCGGCGGCUGAGGCUGCUGGAAGCUGUCAUGUCUGCCCUGGAUCUUGGCGAGCAAGGGGCCGCGAGCGCGGCCGGCCAGGCAGCGGCCUUGCUUGACGGCCUGCACGCCCUGCUUCACUCCCUUGCAGGCGACGCAACUCCCCAGGGCCGAGCGGAGGUGGCGGUUCUGCUGCGGUUGCUGCUGCGCAGCGCGCGCCCCCUGCUGGAUGCCCUGGACACCUGGCUGCAGCAUGGCCUCCUCACAGACGGCCCAGAGUUCUUCAUCUGCUCUGCCCCUGAAGUGUCAGUAGAGGACGCCGAUUUCUGGCACGGCGGCGCAUUUCGGCUGCGCAGAGGCGCAGACGAGUCUGUCAUCUGCCCGCGCUUUCUGGAUCCAUUGGUGGGCGGCAUUCUGUCGGCCGGAAAGUCGGUGCUGCUGCUCCGCAUGAAGCAGCCGCAGAACAACAGGUCAGUGCAUGUGUCACCUAAUGCUGAGGCGGGGGAUUCAGGCCGGCCGCCACUGCACCAGGAUAUCCUGCAGAGGCUAAGGGAUCUGGUGUCCUUUGAGGAAGAAGAGAGCAUGACAAGUUUCGGCCCGGCCCAGAAUUUGGCGGACAGAAUGGCGGCCACCAGUGGAUAUCACCUGGCCACAUCCUGCAGCCGCCUGGAAGCUGGCACGCGCGCCGCCGAACGUGCGGCCGACGUCUUCUCGGCAGCUUCCGGCCAGGCCGCGGCGAUGCAGCAGCCACCAGGUCACGCUGAUGUCAUCGCCCGGCCGCUGCGCCUGCCUGGAGAGCGUGGCUGGGGCCUCUCCAGCCACCUGACAGCAGACUUCGAUGCCAGUGGCAGCAGCAGUGGCUAUGCGUACUCUGCAAGCUCGCCAUCCGGGCUGCCCACACCCAGCAAGAACGGGCUGCCCGCAGCUUCUCCUGCACAGACAACCGGACCAGCAGCUAGGAUUUACUGGUCAGAAGAUGGCUCCAUAGCAGGGGCUGGUGUGGAGCAGACUUGGACAAAGGCAGAGGACGGCUUGGGCGGAAGGGGGAUUGCCAGGGGCGAGCAGUGGGCUCAGAGCAGCCUGAGCCAGGUGUCGGGAGAGGGUGCCAGACUAGGCGGCCGCUGUGAUGUCAGUGGCGUGCUUGGUGAUGUCAGCAAUCUCACCCUUGGCGCCAGGCGGACUAUCCCGAUCAAGCAGCCCAAGCUGGACAGCACAGCUGGCGCAACAACACAGGCUAGAUGUACAGACGACAGUAAAAUUCCAGAUUCUGCCAAGUCUGCACCUUUGUCAGCUGACCCGUCAGCCCUCAGUGGGACAGAUCCGGGGCUCAAAGACUGGUACACAAGGAUGUUGGGAGCCAUGUGCGACCCCACAGGCUUGCUGGAUCCUGAGCGCUGCACCGCCAGUGGGCCAUCUGGCAGGACCAGGGAGGAUGGCUUUGUGCCUGCAUCCGUCCAGGCCACCCUCAUCAAUCCCUUCUCAGGCAAGGCGGUGCAGCAGAUGUGGGGCGCCAAAUGGAAGCAGCAUGAAGCUGGCGAUGAACCUGGCGAGAAAUGGCUGUCGGACUUGCGAGAUCCUGACCUGCCGCCGGUGAAAAUUGCCAUCCAGGAGUGCUUCUUGGCGCCCAUUCAUGAGCGGGUGGAGUACACAGGAGGCCAGCUCUUGGGAAGCCUGAUGGCCGAGUGGGGACUGCGGCAGCAGCUGACAGCGCUGCAGAACGUGUACCUGUUAGUUUCCCCAGCAAUGCAGCCGUUCACAGAAAGCCUCUUUGCCCUGCUCGCCCAAAAAGGGGACAAGCCGUGGGAGGCUGCCGGGCCGCAGCUGUUUGAGCUGCAGGGGAGUCUGGAGCAGUGCCUGGCUGACGAGCGCGGCGGGGCCCUGCUGCCGGCACAUGCCGUCAUAUUGGAGGUGGUUUCAGGGGAGGGGCCGGCUGUCGGCUCCAGCAAAGGGAACGCCGUUGCCGCCCUGCGCCAGCUGCGGCUGCGCCUGCGGCUGCCUUGGCCGCUGUCGCUCGUAGUGCAGGAGUGCCACAUGGAGCAGUACAACGACGUCACCACCCUCCUCCUGCAGGUGAGCUGGGUGAGGGCAGCGCUGCAGGGGUUGCGCGACAUCAGGAGCCCUGCGGCCAGGGGAGUUGAUGCAUCGGACGGCCUGUGCUGGCAGAUGACUCACUUUGCCACGCACCUGCACUGCUUCGUCAUGGACUGCCUCUUGCAUUUAGCCGUCCCCCAGCUGUCCCAGGCGCUGGAAGCUGCGCGGACGCUGGAUGAUGUGGCGGCAGCGCAUGACGCCUUCCUGGAAGCUGCCAUGCGCGCGGCCGUGGUCGCCAAUGACCACACGAGCCUGCUGGUCCUCAAGGCGGUGACUAAGCUGCUCGAUUUGGCGCUUAGAUUCGCUGACCUGGCAAAGGGCGGAGCAGCCGAAGCAGGGGAGGUUGGUGAGAUUGGCAGGGAGUGGCGGGACAGGCAUCGAUACCUGAUGAAGCUCUUGAAUGCGCGAUCCCUGCACUCCGGGGGAUUUGCGUCGCUCGAGCGGCUGGCGGUUCGGCUUGAUUACAAUGGGUUCUAUCGCAGCGCUGAUGCAGCCGCUUUGUGA